AUGACUACUAUCACUAUCACCCAACCACGAAGCCUCGAGAUGAGUGAACAAGAACGUUUUUUCCGGUACUUCCAGACCGAAGUUGCCGCGCUGCAGGAGCAAAUGCAGAUUAUUCAAGAUCAUGGAACCUCUGGUGGAGAACGAGCAGAUGCCAUCGACCACUGUCUAGCUGGCAUAUCGAGACUUUCCAAUGACGUGAAGGACGUAUCUGGGUCUCUCCCAGCACACGAUCAAAGAACGUACAGCGAGGCGGCACCCAAGCCAAAGUUCUCUUUCAANAAGAAGAACGCUUCUGCAAUCUCUAUUAACGAUGCAGCAGAAUUGGCGGCGAAGAAGCGUCUUCUCCAACCGAACAGCAACUUCUCAUCAGAAGUCUCCUCNUUUGCUACAACGCCAUUGACCAUGCCCCAAACGCCUGCAAAUGGACCGGCUGUCGAGGAACCUAGACCCGCUGAUUCCAAAUCCGAUGCCUCAAGUGGGAUUACUGAAGGUGUACGGAAGCUCUCCUUCUCGAAAGCUGACAAGAUACACAUCUCCAACCACAACAAAAUUCACAUCAUGCUCCCUUCCUCAGCCACACACGCAACAUCCGGAACUUCUGGUACGGUUACCAAUAUCCGCAAUAGCGUGAUUGAUAUGAGCAUCUCCGUCUCUUCUGCCUUUGCUACUCUCACCUUGAAGAAUAUCAAGGGCUCACUCAUAGUCUGUGGGCAUGUCGACGGUGCUGUACACAUCACAGAUGUCAAAGACUCAGUUUUGGUUGUAGCAACGAGACAAUUCCGUAUGCACGAGAGCAAGAAUGUCAAGGUCUAUAUGCUUUGCAAAAGCAGGCCGAUCAUUGAGGAUUGCAAGGACAUCGAGUUUGCAGAAAUGCCUGACUGUUAUGACAAGGAUACCAAGAAUCUAUACGACCAGGUGGAUGAUUUCAAGUGGCUAAAAGCAGAGCACAGUCCGAACUGGAGCGUCCUGGACACGGACAAACGCAUCAAAGAUGAGGUUUGGAAGGAUGUCGUACCAGGUAGCCCUAAGAGCGGUGUCGAGGAGAUUUUGAAGGCAGUCGGACUCUGA